GUACCCAAAAAAAAAAAGGUUAAGUAAUCUUCUCUGUCUUCUCCAAUUGCAAUUCUCAAUUUUCAUUGUAUAACAUCCGAGAAAUUUCCAAUUUAGGGAAAUUUUCUUCAACCCUAAAACAUCUAGAGAAGAAGAGAGAGAAAAUAACCGCCAUGGAAGCAGCUGCAAGAAGAUCCGGUGGAGGGCUAUGGGAGGGCAUGUACCGCGUUGUUAUGCGCCGAAACUCCGUCUAUGUCACCUUCGUCAUCGCUGGCGCUUUCGUUGGUGAACGAGUAGUGGACUAUGGAGUUCAUAAGCUGUGGGAGUACAACAAUCAGGGGAAACGAUAUGAAGACAUCUCCGUGCUUGGUCAAAGACCAUCAGAAUAACUUAUUUUUCGUAUCUCUGGUAUAAGCUUGCGGGAGUUUGUUGCAUCUGGAAUUCAGGAUGGGAUAUUGGGGCCAGUUGGCUGAUUGAUUUUGUGAUAAUAAUGAAUGUUGUUUCAUUUCGUUUUUAGUUUUCACAAACCAAAGCUAGUUGAUGUUUGGAACUGCAAUUUUAUAUAAGAGGAAAUUUGAGUAUUUCCUAGCA